CUUCUUUCUUCAAUAUUGCAUCAUGUCGAUAAAGAAUUUAGAGAUAGUCAAAAAGAAAGAACAUCGUCUUAGUAGACGCUUAACGAUUGAUACCUUAGAACCUUAUGUUAACAUUCGUCCUAUCAUAAAAAAGGCUGAUAAUGAAGCAGCAUCCAUACUAGUCGAAGCUUAUGCUGACAGCCUUUUAUUGAAUUGGAUCACGGGUUCAAUGAAAGAUCCCAAAAAGAAACAUGACACGUAUCAAGACAUGUUUAAAAUGUUGAUCAGGGCAGCAGCUAGUAAAAGUCGUGAAUUUGCGGUCCAAAUCAAUGGUUGUAAAGGUAUCUUACUUUGGUCUGAAGGCAAUAGUGAUAUUUUGGCAAUCAAUAAUGCCAUCAGUAAAAGAAAACUUUGGAGUAGUCUAGGUGGUAUUGCAACCAUGAAAGCCAUCUUAGCACAUCAUCGUAAUUUGACUAAAAUGAAAAAGAAGAUUGUAGGCGACCGUAAUCACCUCUCAAUAAACUUUAUCGGUGUGCUACCCGCUGAGAGACGACGUCAUUUUGGAACGAGUUUGUUACAAUAUGUGCUAAAAAAGGCAGAUGAAGUACAGUUACCUGUGUUUGCUGAAGUUUGGAGCCAGGACAUUUUGGGUUGGUUCAAGAAGUAUGGAUUUGAAGUACAUGUACAAAAAGAUUUGAAUGAUAAGGAAAACAUCUGUAUCUUCUAUCUCUUACGAGAACCCAGACAAAAUAUAGAAACACAAGUUACAAAUGAUCCAAUUGCUGCUUUAAAUUUAGAGCCUCCACGAGAAGAUACAAUUACUGCUUAAUUUUAUCAAUAAUAAUAAUAAUAAUAAAAGUAGACUAAGAAAUCGUCU